GCCUCUCUGAAAAGAGUCCAGGGAGAAAACACACACUACACGGAUAAGAAGUAAAAUAAUUAUCCAAUCACAGCACAAGGAGGCAGACCAGGUUCCCUUAGCAACAACUGAAGAAGAGAAGAGAAUCCUUUUUUUUCCCCUCUUUCUGCUCCCUUGGCUUUUGGGCACACCCCUGUGGACUGCUGGGGGUCAGUGUUUUCGGAGAGGACUUGGAACGUGCUGUUGCAUAAGACGAGCCACCCAAAUUCCAGAGGAAGGUGCUUGUUCACCUUCAAGCCCCCCUUUUUGUAACUGUGUCUCUACGACACCAUAAUUGUUUUGUUAUCCCUCCACAACUUCUCAUAACAAGUCACGUUCCGCUGGCUUAGAAAUCAAUUCAUUCUGAUCCCACGCCACCUGGAAUAAGCCCUGCUUUGGGGAGAUAUUGGACACUGAGUGCAAAAAAAAAAAAAAAAAAAGUCCACACCUACCUUUCUCGCUUUCAUGGGCGAGGAAAUGAAGGACAACAUGAUUAAGUCAUAAUUUGCAAAGAAAAUGGAUGUGAAGCAAAGUUUAUUUUGAAGUGAGUUUCUACUGAGAAUCAUUUUUAAUUUUUUCCUGGAGGAGGAAACGUCAAACUGCACAGAGGAAUAUCUCCUUUUUCCAAAAGAAAGCAUCUGUCCUUUCUCUCUUUAAAGACAGUAGCCCUCACUGAGGGACUAUAUUAAGACGGCAAAUCUUGUCUCCGCUGGCCACCAAUAAUGUAGAACAGGAUAAUUUGGAAAUUCGAGCCACUGCUGGGAGUUCUAUUUUUUCUAUCUAUGCUGGAUAGCUUGUUAGCCUGCCAUUAUGUUACUGCGUUUCAUUAGUAAAAAAGAUUGUGCAGGACAAGUGGACGAGGGAAGAAGUUUCCUCUCUGUAUAGACGUUUUUAAAUAGCUCCUCCUCGAGAACAAUUUCAAACGUACACAAUGACACAUGAGAUGAGUUGGCUCAAUAUGAUUAUGUAAGAGUUUCAUACCAGCUUUAGCCCAUGUAUUUUGCCUCUUCCUUUUCCAUGGAUUUACUGCGUUGGACUUUUCCCAUGCUCUUUUUCUCCUCUUUUCUGGAAGCGUCGACCAGAGGGCAUGGAUGUCAGAGUGUGACCCUGUGCAGAGUGUGCGGGCGAGGCAAGGUGCUUUGGCUGCCCAGGUGCUUUUAAGAUGUUGAGGUCUCCCUGCGCGUCCGGGGCCCCUGUUCGGAUCAGUAGCACUGAGGCUCCCCGUAGCCAAAGACAUGGACCCCGACUCGGCUCCCCCACGCCCUCAGCCUGUUGGCCACUGGCCCCACGUUGCCCUGUAAAGGAUGUCCCUCAGCAGAGCUCCGGCACGGGACACCUCUGAGACCCCCAGCCCGAGAGAACGCAUCCGCAGCCACAUGAAGAUGGUGAUCGACCAGCUGGACGGCAUUCUCAAAGAGCUCAAGGAUGUGGCCAAGGAACUCCGGGAGGUGGUGGGUCAGAUCGAUAAACUUACGUCCGACUUUGACUUUGACCUGGAGCCAGAUGACUGGACAGUGGCCACAGCCAGCAGCACGUCGAGCAGUGAGCGAGGCUUGGGAGAGGCCUUCAGGCUGGACUUCCUCAAUGCAGAUGUGCUUUCUGAUAGCUGGGAAUUUUGCAGCUACCUGGAGGCUGCUGGAGCAGCCGCACGCAGACCCGGUGAGCAACCAGGGGAUCUACGACCGGAGCUGGGCCGCGGGACCAUUCCCACCCAGACACAGACCCCAACCCCACCCCCCACAACUGCCUCGGUUUACUCCCAGAUGAAUGGCGGGCUGCCAAUACCCAACGGGCCCCGCAUCAUUACUCCAGACUCCUCCAGCGAGGAGGCCAGCAGCUCCACGCACAGCCACAAGACUUCUCGUACCUCCGGCACAAGAGAACGAGUGCGUUUCAGUGACAAAAUUCUGUAUCAUGCUUUGUGCUGCGACGAUGACGAGGAGGAGGAGGAAGAGCAAGACGAGUUACAGGAGGGCAAGAGUGGCUUUGUGACACCAGAUAGCGAUACUGAGCCCGGUCCCAUGGCCAGCUCAAUGGCCCCCAAACGUUCUUCCUCUGAGCAUUCACUCCUCCAUAACUGUCUGGACCCUUCCCACGUCUCCUCACCAGUGAAGGGGAUGACAGGAGCUCACACACUACCCAGGAAAGGUCUCUUAAACCCCGGCUGCCGCAAAAAACUGUUACGAAAUAGCAGCACACAAACUGUCUCUGACAAGAGCACCCAAACUGUACUGCCCUAUGUUCCAACCAAACAGAAAACAAAGGACCACUGAGAGAGCCCCGAUUUUAUCUUAAAUCUCAUGAAGAGGACUGUGCAUUAUUUAAUAUUAAAUACAUAGCUCAUAGAUUAAUACACAAAUUAAUUAAUUACUAAAUAAAUAAAUGAUAUAUGGGAAAACACUCGACUACCUAAAGUCAUUCUGAGGCUCAGGGAAAACAAUGAAAUGAAGUUGA